AACCAAGUUUCCAUACUGUAUGUAUACUGUUGUAUGGCGCUGACAAAACAAAAACUCAAACAACAGCAAUGAAUAUUGAAGACGGUAGCCUAGUUGAUUAUUUGUGAUUUUGUGUUGUAUUUAAUUAACUGAACUAAUUGUGUAUUUAAUCAACAAAUCCAUCUUAAGUCGCAAUUAAAUGAAAUCUUGAACUCAUUUUGUAAAGUUUAGAGGUCUUGUAUGGUCUUCAAAUAGGAUAACCUCAAAACGAUUAAGAUGACGACAGAUGUAAGGGACAUCUUGGAUUUGGAGACUCCGGCUCCAGAGCUCACAAAAGAAGCCAUCUUGGGAACUACAGCUGAUAAACUAAAGAAGAAACUGUCGCUGUCUCAGCCCACUCCGAAGUCCUCUAGAAGGCCUGAAGGAAUGCAUAGAGAGGUGUUUGCUCUUCUGUACACUGACAGUAAAGAUGCACCUCCACUUUUCCAAACUGACACUGGAUCAGGCUAUAAGCAAAUGAAGGCAAAGUUGGGCAUGCGCAAAGUGCGCCCCUGGAAGUGGAUGCCAUUCACGAAUCCGGCACGCAAAGAUGGCGCAGUCUUCCACCAUUGGAGACGCCUGGCUGAUGAGGGCAACGAGUAUCCUUUCGCCAAGUUCAAUAAGCAAGUUCCUAUUCCAAACUACACAGACUCCGAAUAUCUUCAGCACCUCCAUUCGGAAUUUUGGACAAGGUCCGAAACAGAUCACCUUUUCGAUCUCUGCAGGAGAUUCGACCUGCGCUUUGGUGUAGUCAAGGAUCGGUGGGAUACAGGAAAGUUUCCCGAAAGAACAAUUGAGGAUUUGAAGGAAAGAUAUUACAGUAUCUGCGGAUCGCUCACCAAGGCGAGAGCUGGAAGUGGAUCACCGGAAAGCAAAGUGUUCAUAUUCGAUGCCGAUCACGAACGUAGACGGAAAGAACAGCUAAGAAGGCUCUAUGACAGAACUCCAGAACAGAUUGAGGAAGAACAAUCGUUGUUGAACGAAUUGAGAAAGAUCGAAGCAAGAAAGAAAGAGAGAGACAAGAAGACCCAGGAUCUGCAGAAGUUGAUUACAGCGGCGGACAGUCAGAGUGAUCCUCGAAAGCAGGAGAAAAAGUUCCCCAAAAAGAAGCUCCAGCAUCAGACAAGACCUCGCAUCGACACCAAUGCUCUGGAAAUGGCUGGUAUCAAAUUCCCUGAUACAAAGACCACCGGUGUAACGGUGCGCUCUCAGAGAAUGAAGCUGCCGUCGAGUCUUGGCAACAAGAAAACCAAAGUUAUUGAACAACUGUCACAAGACUUGGGCAUUGAAGUGAACCCGAUUCCAACGGAGCAGGUGUGCCAGCAUUACAACGAGCUGAGAAGUGAUAUGGUACUCCUGCAUGAGCUGAAGAUAGCACUGUCGACUUGCGAGUUCGAACUGCAGACCCUGCGUCAUCAGUUUGAAGCCUUUGCUCCUGGAAAGACGCUGACCAUACCUUCGACACUGUUGGGCGAAUCGCAAGGAGGGGCAGACUCCUCGUCAAGCCUGUCCAAGCAGAAAACUGGCAGCUCCGAAAUCAUUGAUGUAGUCGGAUCUCCGGGGGCUCCGACCAACAACUAGCUUCAUCAUUAUGUACUGUACAUUAUUUCAAUUUUAAGAAGGCAAAUUAAUAUACUAAGUGCUGCAAAAUAAUAAAGGAACUUUUCAUCACAGAAGUAUGAGCAAAGAAUCAUUGUCCUGAAGAAAUUGACUUGUAAAUAUGUAUCAUUUGUCCGAGUAUACUAAUUUGUACUAAUUUUUUUCUACUUAUAAAAUCUCAUAAUUCAAAUCUA